AGGGGGGUGAGUGUGGUGAAUGAGGGGUGAGGCUGACAGUCAGUCUGUCAGCAGAGUUACUCUGGAGGAAAACCAGCAGAAACUGGGAGAGAAAAGAAACUGGGAAUACAACUUAGAAACAAGUGGAGAGAGAAGAAGUAAAGAAGGAAGAAAACAAAAGCUGAGAAAACUGUUGGAGAAAGGAGGAGAAAAUACAUGACACAAGGAGAGAGUGGGAUAAAGAAAGUAAAAACCAAAAGGAGAAGAAGGUGCAGAAAAGAAGUGAAUGAAUCAGUUUCCUGAUUCAUGUUGAAGAAGACGAGUUGAGUUUCAGUUUGACAGAAGAGUAACAUCAUCAGAAAAGAUGGCAUCUUGGUUCAACUCCUGGUGGAUUUACCUUUGGAUUGUCAUCCUAUCCAGAGAAGUCUCUGCAGACUUGGCUUCACCUCCACACUACACCAUCAACCAGAUCAAGGCCAGCUUUGACCAGGCCACAGAGAACUGUUCCCCAGGUGUCCUCACCACACUCGCCACCAAGCAGGAAGUCACUGACGUCAUCGGGCUCAUCUCCAAAUUGGUGUUGCAUCAAAGAAAGUUCACCUUCUGGAUCGGCCUGAAGAAAGCCAAGAACGAGUGUGUUGUUCCUGCACUGCCACUGAAAGGAUUCAAGUGGACGGAGGAUGGCAGUGAGGAGUCACAGAUGAUCAGCUGGAUGGUGGAGCCACAGGAUACCUGCACGACGACUCGCUGUGCAGCUCUACGGGGGGAGUUUCAUGGGUCGACGGUGACCAGCUUGGGUCUGAUUGCAGUCUCCUGUAAGUCCACCUUUGGGUUCAUCUGCAAACUGAGAGACGGACAGACAAGACAGACAUCUGAGGACAGAAAGACCACUGUUAAACCUGCUGCACUGGAACCAGUGACUCCUGAACCUAAACUUGCUGCACCAGAACCAUCUAAACAAGCUACACCUGAACCAGAACAUCCUACAUCUAGACCAGAACAAGAAAAUGACCUGAAUCUUACAACCAGACCUGACCCUGGAUCUGGCUCUGGACCAGCAUCAGGAUCAGACUUGUGUCAUCACCCUACUGUUCCAGGGUCCCGCUCAAUCACUCUGGACCCCAAAAAUAGCAGCAGGAUCCAGGUGGAGUGCUGGUCUACUGGCCUGCUGGAGCUCCGCUGCUGGGGUCAUCCCACCAUGUGGCGUCUAAUUGACAACUCCCCUGCCAACUUCACCACCAUCUGCCAGCCGUGCAGCAACGGCUUCAGGAAAGACACCUCUGGAAACUGUGUGGACAUCAAUGAGUGCAGCAGCGGCGUCCCCUGCAGGCACACCUGUCUGAACACAGAGGGCUCCUACAGGUGCAUCUGCCCCGACCAUGACAAGAACUCAACAGAGUGCACAAAGACGAUCAAUGACGUCGUCAUCAUGAACCCAGCAGGGAUGCCAGACUUCCUGAUCCCGGUGCUGGUUGCUGUGGCCGUGCUGGUGGUGCUAGUGGUGGUUGUUUUGGUGACGGUGAAGUGCGAUCUGAUGAGACGGUCAAAAAAACGUGCCAUGAAGAAGUUGGAGAAGAUGGCGAUGAAGAAUAAAGACAGUCAGGAUUCCUUCACAACAGCCAAUGAGAAGACAGCAAAAUGAGCAGGUAGAGCUGUGAUUGGUUGAACACAGAUGACAUCACUGUCUCCAAAGUGACUUCACAGGAAGCGAUAACAAGUUCAUUUUUUCACUUUAAAAUGUUUUGAUGUAAAUCAGCUGUUCUGAAAACAAGUAUCUCAGUUUGUUUCUGGACUGACUGGACUCAGUUCUGAACCAGAUUCAGUUCUGAACCAGACUCAGUUCUGAAUCGGACUUAGUUUUGAACCGGACUUGGUUCUGUCUUUUGGAUGUUUUGUUUCACUGCUUCUUGUUCUGACUCUUGGACUCGACAGCAGCGCCAGAAAUAACAACAAAGGACAUUUUAAACUGAACUGAUUGAAUAUUAGUUAAAUGAAAAGUGAUCAAUUAAAAAAAAAAAAAAACUAAAAGUGAAACGAAAUUAUUAGAACACAUUCUUUUGGACCAAAGUUAUUGUUAGUCUGUAAAUUAUUUUAAAUAUGAAGUUUGAUGUGUUCACUGACAUGAAGAAAAACCUGUAAAGAGAAUUCUCUGACUCUGCUGUUGUUUGUUUAUGAGUUGUAAUCUUUUAGGGAAAUGACUUUCUAACUUGAUUAAAGAGAAAAUUUGAUGUAUUGUUCUAACAUUAAAAUUAUGACAUUUUAAAUAAAGUUUUGUAGAUUUUA